UAGAGAAGUUGCAGAGUUAGGGUAUAAAUUUUCUUCCUUUGAAUCACAUAUUUAUAACCCAGCCAGGCGUUUCAGAAGCCAAGUCUCUUCUUUAACUCUUGUCGAAACUGUGGCGUUGUUGAGUCUCUCCUGAUGAAUCGACUUCAAAGGCUUCUCCUUUCUGAUCCAACUACACCUCCUUUGUGCCGUUUCAGGAAUUCUAUUGUGCUCUGAUGCUCUGAAGGUUAGGCUUUUCUAUUUGCUUUUGCGUUCUAAACCAAUUGCAUUCGUCAAAAAUUGGAUUUUUGAGUUUGGGUAAUAGAAGCCAAUAUAUAAAGAGCGAAGCUUUAGGUGUUCACUUUGAUUAGGUUUGCUAAUCAGAAACUGAUAUGGCUAUGAUACGGGAUUUAUUUGGAAUUCUGGGUACCAAGCAUGUUCCAUUGUUAAUCCGAAGAUUCUCACUUUGCUCUACGAAGAAAGACCCUGAUCUCGAAUCUGCUCUCUCUCGUAACAAGAGAUGGAUAGUUAACAGCAGGCUCAAGAACAUUAUCUUAAGGUGUCCCAACCAAGUUGCAUCGAUUAAGUUUCUACAGAAGAAGUUUAAGACUCUUGAUCUGCAGGGGAAAGCCCUGAACUGGCUUAAGAAGUACCCUUGUUGUUUCCAUGUUUAUCUCGAGGACGAUGAGUAUUACUGUCGUUUAACUAAACCUAUGAUGACGCUUGUGGAAGAAGAAGAGGUUGUCAAGGAUAGCCAAGAGCCUGUGCUGGCCGAUAGGCUUGCAAAGCUGCUUAUGAUGAGUGUUAAUCAGCGUCUCAAUGUGGUGAAGCUUAAUGAGUUUAAGCGGAGCUUUGGAUUCUCUGAUGAUUAUGUUAUUAGGAUACUACCAAAGUACUCGGAUGUGUUUCGGAUAGUGAAUUAUAGUGGUAGGAAGAGUUCAAUGGAGAUCGAGCUUUUGUUGUGGAAGCCUGAGUUGGCUGUUUCUGCAGUGGAAGCAGCAGCAAACAAAUGUGGCUCUGAGCCUAGUUUCUCUUGCUCUUUACCUUCCACUUGGACCAAACCUUGGGAGAGGUUCAUGGAGUUUAAUGCCUCUCCUUACAUAUCUCCGUAUGAGGAUCAUGGGGAUCUUGUCGAAGGUUCAAAGGAGAGUGAGAAGAGAAGUGUUGGUUUGGUGCACGAGUUACUCUCCUUGACGCUGUGGAAGAAGCUGUCAAUUGUAAAGCUGAGUCAUUUCAAGAGGGAAUUUGGGUUGCCGGAGAGGCUAAAUUCUAUGCUUCUGAAACAUCCAGGCAUAUUCUACGUCGCCAACAAGUAUCAGGUUCACACUGUGCUUCUUAGAGAAGGAUACAAUGGCUCGGAAUUGAUUCACAAGGACCCGCUCGUUGUUGUGAAGGAUAAAUUUGGGGAACUGAUGCAGCAGGGCUUGUAUGAGUAUAAUCACAGGAGGUAUUUGGCUAAUCAAGAGAAGAAGAGAGAGAAAGGUAUUGAAUCUUUGAAGUCUGUGGUGCGUAAGAAGGACAGGAUUGACGAUGGAGAUGAUGACAAUGAACAAGAAAACCAUGGCGAGCGACCAGGUGGUCUGUUUGAUACAGAAGAGAGAAAAAGGUUCUACCAGAUUCUCUUCAGUGACAACCAAUAAGAGCAUUCUGGUAAAGUUGAAACAUUAUUUGCUGAGGAUUACCACAUCUCAAUAACUCUUGGGAGGGACAGCUUGUUUUUGCAUUUGAUGUUAGAGCAUGUUGUUAUAUCCUUAGCUUACAGCAAAAACACCAUGUCUCAAAGAUUGCAGACUAUAUAGAUAAAGUUUUCCCUAAACAUCACUUCUAGAAGGUCACACCUGCGGCCUAGUUGUUGUUCCCCAGGGAUGCAAGAUCUAAAUGGAAACUGUGAUUUCAGUCUUGGGGCAGCUGAAAUGCUUUCAUUUAGUUUUGAGUGGGAAACAAGAGUUUAGAGUUCGUUGAUUCAAUGUUAUAUCUCUAAGAACAGCGUCUUAACGUGUGUUGAUAGUUGAUAACCUCGUGAACGUGGUCCAGAAAUUCAGUGAAGACAUUUGUUCGCACUUGGAAUCUUCCCGGAAUGUGUUGUUGGUUUCACAUUUAACAGUAUAAUAGUACAGAUGUAUGUGGACAAGUGGUAAAGAGGGAUUGUUCAUCUGAUAAAUUCUGCUAGAAGUGAUAACAGGAGACUGCUUGUAGGUCCAAGAGAUGGCUUGGAUUUGUGUACAAUCCGAUAAAAGGAAGAUGGUUUAUGUCACAGAUAAUAUCAGCUUCAACUUCAUCGCUUAUGGAACGAAAAGGACAUCUUGGAGACAUAUAAUCAUUCAUUUUAGUUGUGUUUCUUUGCAUUUAUGCGUUUGGAUAACAUGUUUUAUGCUUGAAAAGCUUAUAGAGUUAUAGGUUUUCUGGAAGUAAGUUUAGGAUACAUGACAGUAGUUAAAUUCGCAAUAAGUGAGAAUGAUUAGAGGAUACAUUUCAGAUGUCUCUUCUGCAUGCAUUUUGCUUCUGGAUUGUACCUUUAUAAUUAUAUCAUCUGCAAUAAGAAGAUUCAUUUCAAGUU